AUUCCUGCGCCCCUGUUUUUGUAUGAUCCAACAAAGGUACCUAUUCCUCCACAUCUUAACAGAGUACCUUCAGAUAAAACUCAUUCUAUAUGACUUGCCGCUCGAAGAGCGAACAGACAGGCGAUAUCAAUGGUUUCUUUGUCUGAUUUGCAAUGAGAACUAAUCUUUUGCUGUGAGUAGAGUUGAUUGAAUGGUGGACUGAACAGAAAUGACUGCCAAAAUACAUGCAGGUUAUCACUGGAAUGGUGGGAACAUUAUCAUUUGGUCUCUGUCUUCCCGAUGCAUCUCUCACUAGACUAUACUUCUCCCUUUUUAUGCACUCGAGUAUGUUACAAGCCGGAAUAUUAGCAAAUAAAACUAAUUAUAUCACCAGCUACUACCUAAUAUCGCAUCAUUGCAAUAGUCAAUCUGUGCACGAUCACUGGAUUUGGCGUGAUUGGCGCUGUACUCGGUAGCUCAACUCUAUCAGCCGUGUCAAGUGGCCAUAUCGAUGAUACAGUAGGCAUUUUCAUCGUUAGUAUCAUCGGUCUGGCCAUAUCCUUUGGCGACUACAAGAUUCUGCACCAAUUCGAGCGAUACUCUUGGAUUUUUUCACUCGUCUCUAUAACCAUCGCCGGUGGGAAGCAUUUGUCGAUGAGUCCCAAGUAUCCGCCGCAAUGAUAGUCUCUUCUGGUGGCUUUUUAAAUCCGUAGGUGUAAGUAUAUUAUUUAAAUCUUCAAUCUUACUUUCAGGAUGAAAAUAGCAUUGGAACAAUUGAUUUGUUGACAUGAGUCCAUGUGCGAUUUCUGAUACUCACCAAGUUGUUGGCCAAUGUUUCAAGUAAGUCUGGGUAAUUAAUUU